GUCUUGGGGGCGCUCAAUGCUGGGUUGUGGCUUGGCAUCUCAAAGGGACUUGUGAAAGGGCAUUCCGUCCCAAGUGAGCGUCUUGGUGAGAGAGUAUGGCGGAAAUACUCGAGAAGAUAAACGAGCUUCGAGAGCUGCCCGAAGACCAGCAUCUCUUCUGUCCCCGCAUCGGCGACGAUGGGUCUGUUUACUACGAUGAAGACAUCGCCGCCUACCCACCGGAAACCGACCCCGCCGAACUCGAAGAUCGCAGGAUAAAGAUCCAGGCAGCCGAGGAGCGGAAAUGGACGGCACUCAAGGCGACAGAGAUAUUGGCAUUUGAUGGAGAGGAAGCAGCACCACACAAGGAAUGGCUAAUUAGCCGGCUCAACCACCUGAUGCAGAGCUGCGAUGUCUGUGUGAGGGUCUUCCAUCAGUCCAGAGCCGAGUGGCGGACACGUCUACUCGACUCGUAUGACGAGGAGAACAUCGGCCCAUUUCUAGAGGUGGUGGAUGCUCAAUGCUUGCAACGAAUACACAAGGGCCUGGAUGAGGCGGCCGAGAUCCUUUGUAAAGCCGAACCGAAAACACGCUCAGUACGACUGCUGCCGAACGAAUGCACUUAUGGCUUCUUCGAAGCCUUGAGCUGCGAUGCACUAAUACGGAACGAGGAGCUCCUCCAGAAACACUUUGACGCUCCCUUCGACAUGGUUCAAACGAAGAAACGAUUAAAGAUUCAGACAUACCUUCCAGCCAUGACGCGCUUCUUGUUCAGCAGGGUCGAGCGGCGCCAAAAAUGGGCGACGGAGUCGUGGUCUACUUUCAAGCGCAAUAUGUUGAAGUCUGAGUGGGAUUGGGCUGUGCGGGACUACGUCACAAGUGCCAUGAUGAAGAUUCAGAUGUACAACCUCGACAUCUCCAUGGUACCUCUUUUUUGGAGUGGCGCGCGGCUCAUCGUUGCAAAGAUGGACAGAGAUCUCAUUACCGAAUCCUUGCGAGGGCUCGACGGAGAUUUCUACCGGCUGAUGCUCGAUCACCUUUCACUGAAAUCAGAGGGCUUCUUGGACUUGAUUGCGACAAUGAAGCAACUGCUCGAAAAGUCUCCAGUCGACUACUGGGACGGCAUGAAUGCGGUUACCCCAUCUAUUGCAACGGUAGUCGAACAAGUGUUCAACAGUCCCGUUUUCAACCAAAUACUCUUAGCAGCGGCGGAAGAUAAAGAGCAGAAUAUGAAUAACCUCCAUUCUGCCUUUGGCUGGAUACCGCCUUUUCUUGACUCGAUCAAGCUGGCAAAUCUUGGACCAGCAGUUCGGCCUUUUGCUCAAGCGCUCCUUGGCCGCUUUCAAUCAGACAAAUACCCGCAAAAGUCUCGGGAAUACUGCUACAGGGAAGGUCUUAAAGUACUGGACUAUGCAUUCCGCAAAAUGGGAGAAGGCAAGACUAUUGAUAGAUUUGUUGGCCAGCCCACCGUCAACAGCAUGCUUGACGUGCUAUCUACCUACAUACAGGCACUUGUCGUGAACUUGAAGCGUUUCAAGGCAAGUAAAGAGGAUCAAGGGGACUUUCAAUUAGCACUCUCGGUCAUUGAGCAUGCUUUCAAGCUCGAGGCACAGUCUUUGAUCAUCGAGAGGCAAUUGAUCUCUGCGAAGCAGCCAUCGCCCACUGAGACACCACCGUCCAGUCCCAUCUGGAAGACUGUCUUGAAGGCGAUUGGCCCCGACAGCUUAGAACUUGCAACGCAUAUGCUCAUUGCCGGGAGGGGCCUGAUCGGCCUUGAACCACUGCAGAUGAAGUCAGGUGUGGACAAAGUGCCCCCGACGGUGCGCCAUUUCAACGAUCGCUUUAGGUUGUUAUCUCAAUCUAUUACCGAUGUCGUGGAGAAGAUGUCUGAAUUUGAGCCCAGCUUGCUGCAAGCGCUGUUUGGCCAACAACCCGCAGCCAGCGCAAUUGUCUCGUUGAUGUUCUCAUCCACGGAGGAUACCCGCAACUCCGCUAUUGAGCUUUUGAAGGUCAUCAGUGGAGAAGAAGAGCGCCGCGGGGCACUGCAACACAUACUAAAGGCCCAUUACAGACAUGUCGUGCGAGGUAUCUCAGAUUCAGUGCGGCAGGUCAGGUUGAAGAAGGCAUUUUCUCCUGUGCCUAGUAUGAUCAGGUCUUGCAACGACAUCAUCGACAUCAUUUGCAAUACUCAGGACGGUAUCUUGCGUGGCCGAGAAUACGAAUCCGGAGACGCCGCGGCGACGAUGAACCUGUGGGAGAACCUUUGGGACUCGCUCACUAUGAUCUUUGCAACGACCGAAGCCUGGAGUAAUUUGGGCUUCUAUGACAAGGCCAUGAUGAUGGAUUUUUGCAGAGACACUAUGCAAUUUGCUGAUGUCCUGUUUGACCAGUGCAGCAUUUUCGUGACUGCCUUAAAACCUCCUUCCACAGAUGAUGAAGAGACCACGUCAAAAACUCAGUUGCUGAAAGAGCUUCUAGCACGACCUGCGAAUGCUAUGGAAGGUCUGGCAAGAUGGUUGCGUCUCCGCGAUGAGUUCUUGUCGAGUAAAUCCGUUACCUUGAUCAGCAAGCUACUUGUCAGGUUACACCGGGUAUCCAUUGAGAUUGAUGCUGAAACGCUCUCGUACAUGGAGCGCGUGCUUUCAGGAGAUGUGCGCGCGAAGCUCAGCGAUACGCAGCAGGCUGAGCUGCAACAGGCUUUGGAGGAGCAUCUCGGACGCCCGCUUGUCAAAGAAGAAGAGCCUGUUAAGCCCAAGCAAGUUUCCAUCAGCAAAUGGAUGGCUCCUGGUGCUACUUCAUCGUCACCAGCUGAUGCCAAAGCCAAGUUGCUUGCUAGUAUGACUUCUGGAUCUAGCAAGUUCCAAGAGCGACGAGAGCAGAUGAGGGCUGCAGAAAAAGCCGCGCAGAAGGCAGCUGAAGACAAGAAGAAUGCUACGCAAGCCGAGUUCAAACGCAAGCGGCAAUUAGACAAGGAGAAACGCGAGAGGGAGAAGGCCGCUGCGGUUGCCAAGGCCAAAGCAGCUAGGGGCAUCACUGCUGAAGCUGGUUCUGGACUGGAAGGUUUGGGAGUCUUGGGCAAAGAUCAGGCUGCAAAGGGCGAAGGCUUGAUGCAUUCAUCUGACGAGUCGUCAGAUGAAGAGGGAGACAUUGACGAAGACCUCUUUGGCAUUAAGAAAGAAAGGGUCAAGGCCGGACCCAGAACAAACAUUGUCAACGAAGUCAAAAUUCAAAUGCCGACGAAGAAGAAGAGGGCUCAAAGAUCUGCCAAGGACAUGCGCGCUCGUUUGGCACCUGAUCUUAGUAGCUUACAUCGUACUAUCCUCAGCUGGAACUACUUUCACGAAGGCGACUUUCCGCCAAAGUCAAGACCAGAGCUGUAUUCCAAGGUCCUUAACACCUUCCGCACACCCAACGACUACCAAAAUACUUUCGAGCCGCUUCUAACCCUUGAAGCGUGGCAAGGCUUUGUCAAAGCUCGCGAGGAGAACCAAGCCAGGCCGUACGAGAUACGCAUCACAUCGCGAGCUGCCGUCGACAUGUUCCAGGAGAUUGGUAGCACUAUGACACAUGUCGAGAACAGGGAAGUGUUCAUCUCUGAAGGUGACAUUAUUCUCUUUUCGCAGUCCAAGAAUCCCUCGGCUGAGGAGCCGACUUGCCUUGCCAGAGUAUUCCGCGUGAAGCGAAAGCAACAGCAUAUUGAAGUCUCAUACCGCGUUGUACCAGGCAACCCGCUCAACUCGGCGCUGCAGCCAAACAACACUCUGCUCGGUACCAAGCUGCAGUCCAUCACUCCUCUGGAACGUGAAUAUGGUGCGCUCAAGGGUCUUCAGUACUACGAUCUAUGCGAUGAGAUCAUUCGGGCGAAACCAUCUCCUCUUCUCACCUACAAGGAUAGCCAGAUCCAGCCGCUCAUCUCUAACUACAAUGUCAACACUGCACAAGCGAAAGCCAUCAAGUCAGCUAUUGAUAAUGAUGCAUUCACUUUGAUCCAAGGUCCCCCUGGUUCUGGAAAGACCAAGACCAUUACUGCCAUUGUAGGAGCUAUCCUCAGUGACAGCCUUCGCAAUCGUGGCACCACUAUUUCUGUUCCCGGUCAGCAGCGAUCAGAGGCUGCGUCAAAGAAGUUACUGGUCUGUGCGCCCAGUAACGCAGCCGUUGAUGAGUUGGUGAUGCGUUUCAAGGACGGGAUCAAGACGCUGAAUGGCGAGUCGCGCAAAGUCAACAUUGUGCGUUUGGGACGAGGUGAUGCUAUCAAGGCCAGUGUGCAGGAUGUGACACUUGAGGAGCUUGUCAACCAGCGAUUAGGUGUCGAUCCAUCGGACAGCAAGGAUAAAGAGGCAACGCAAAAGCUUUUCCAGGACCACAAGAAGAUCUCAGACCAGCUCAAGCAAGCUUACCAGCAGCGAGACUCUGGCGAGGUCAAGGGUGACGCUGCCGCCAAGCUUGAAGAAGACAUCAAUGCUCUACGCAGGCAAAAAACGGCUCUCGGAACAAAGAUUGACAACGUAAAAGACGAUGAGAAGCUUGCCAGCCGUAAUGCCGAUCUCAACCGACGAAGGGCUCAGGAAGCAGUUUUGAACGAGGCACACGUCAUUUGUGCAACGCUGAGCGGAUCCGGUCACGAAAUGUUCCAGGGUUUGAGCAUUGAGUUUGAAACCGUUAUUGUUGACGAAGCCGCCCAGUGUGUUGAGAUGAGCGCACUCAUUCCCCUCAAGUACGGAUGUGCCAAGUGUAUCUUGGUCGGAGAUCCGAAGCAAUUGCCUCCAACAGUCUUUUCUAAAGAAGCGGCGCGCUUCCAGUACGAACAGAGUUUGUUCGUCCGCAUGCAGAAGAAUCAUCCAAAUGAUGUGCAUUUGUUAGACACACAGUACCGUAUGCAUCCGGAAAUCAGUUUAUUCCCCAGUCAGACAUUUUACGAUAGCAGACUGUUAGAUGGUGGCGACAUGGCUGGGCUUCGCAAGCAGCCGUGGCAUCAAAGCAUGGUCCUUGGACCAUAUCGCUUUUUCGAUGUCAAAGGUCAGCAGGCGGCUGCGCCAAAGGGUCAUUCGCUUAUCAACGUUGCUGAGAUCAAAGUUGCAAUGCAACUGUAUAAGCGACUGACCUCUGACUACCCCGACUACGACUUCAAGGGCAAAGUCGGCAUCAUUACGCCUUACAAGAGUCAGUUGCGUGAGCUGAAGCAGAGUUUCAUGCAGGUGUAUGGCCAGAGCAUUAUCGAAGACAUUGAUUUCAACACCACGGACGCUUUCCAGGGCCGUGAAAGCGAAGUCAUCAUUUUCUCCUGCGUGCGAGCCUCUCCAGCAGGUGGCAUUGGUUUCCUUCAGGAUAUCCGUCGUAUGAACGUCGGUCUUACGCGUGCUAAAUCAUCUCUCUGGGUUCUCGGUAACUCUGAAUCGCUUCAGCGAGGACAGUAUUGGAACAAGCUGAUUGUGAAUGCCAAAGAGAGGAACCGGUUUACUGAUGGUGACGUUCCAAAGAUGCUGAACCAGCAUUCGAGCAAGUUCCCUGCACCAAAGGAAGGAUACGUGCAGCCCAACCGGCCUACACCCGAAGUCAAACCAGAAGUCAAGUCUGAGCCCAUGAGCAGAUCGGGAAGCAACCAGUCUGGCAGCACCUCAUCCAGCUCAGACGCAAAGCACAUCAAGCAAGAAAUUAAGCAGGAAAUCAAACAAGAAAUCAAAGCCGAGCACAAGCUCGUCCAACACACCAAGCGCAAACUGGACCAAGAACCCAACGGCGUAGACAGCCUUAAACUAGAAAGCAGCGAUGUCGAAAUGGACGAUAUCGCCUCCGACGCCGCCUCGACCCCUAUGAACGGCGGCAGCGGCCGCUCAACCCCAGCUCUCGCCGACCCAUCCCGCCAAAACCCCACAACAACAAGUACAGACGCGACCAACGGCAGCGGCGCCACAAACGGUAGUACCGUCCCACUUCCAACCGACGUCAUAGGAGGCAUGUCCAUGGCUAAACCCAAAAUACGGCGUCGUCCCCGCGAACCCGCAAAUCCUUUUAUCAAGAAUAAGAAACCAAGGACUGGGUAAAAGAUACCUAUGCUUCAGCAAAGCGUGGAAGCGGUUAGAUGGCGCAUAGGUCUAGCGGUGCUGCAAGAAAGCGUAGCUGGGGGUGGAGAUUUUUUUCUUUUGUGAUUUGCCAAAAUCCAUGUGUACGAAAUAGCGAGUGUAUUAGCAUUAAAACUGGCGCUUUUGAGGAGCGGGGACAACAUUUAUCGAGUGUGGGGUCCGCAUGGGUUUUUUUAUCUAGGUACUAGCUACAUUUGAUACGUACUGCAUAUGUUUAUUUUACUUUUUUUUUGACAGAGACGACAUGGGUCAACUUCCCCCCCCCUCUUCCAUUUAUUUUUUUGGGAUUUCAAACUUUGCCAUCCCAGUUUGCUACG